ACAAGCAAAUAACACAACAAACAUAUACAUUUUCUUCGAUAUCCUUGAAGCCAUUAUGAAGUGUGUGAUGUGCCGUAAGCCAACUGUAACGCCGUUUUCCAGGCUGCGCAAGUUCCACGUUUGUGUUUGCUUACAGGAGCACUAUCAAUGUAUGAAAUGCGAUGUGGCACAGAGGCUUCAAUGUGGUUUGUGCGGCCGUGUAACCUUCGUGAUCCACGUGGACCUGAGAUUCGCCAAAAGAACUGAGAUGGAAACGCCCAAACAUGAUGCGAUUAGUAAGAAUAGUGACAUUACUUGGCUGAGAAAAACCGAAAGCUAUUGGACCGACGGGGAAAGUGAUCGAUCUCAUUCGCUUGAUUCACCUAUAGAGUCCCUUAAUUUACCCCUGACUAGAAGUAGUUCCAUGGAAUAUACAAGAGAAAGUCAUCCAGGAUAUUCCGGAGAAAACACAACUCGCAUGAAUUAUAAAGUUGAACCUGCAGAAGAGGCAGAAAGUGACGACGACAUACGAUCCUGUAUUCAACUCAAUAGAUCUCCUGCACUUACUCUAUUACCAACAUGUGGCAAAAGUGAAAAUGGCAAACCGUAUUUGGAAUGUUCUGCCAAAAUCUGUGAGCCACAGAAACCUAAUCCCAUUCAAGAGAUUGAGGCUAGUAAUUUGGACGCCUAUGCCGUCGAAGAAAUGCGUUUGCUAAUGGGUUGUCCCUAUAAAGUUAAGAAGUCCGUGGAUCCAGAAUCCAAUAAGGAUAUACGAUUAUAUAGCACAGAAGAAAGAGAAGCACGAAUAGCUGAUGUUAACAAGAAAUAUAAGUACCUCGAUCGGCAGCAGAAGUAUUUAGCAUUUGGGUGUCAGUUUCUGACGAAACGACGACAUUUGGAGUGGCUGACAUCGGAACCCAAAUGUGGAUCAGUCCAUAAUGGAAUAUCCCUAGUUCGGCGAGUUCUCCAUCCUCGCUCAAAUGCCAGUGAACAGCAAACUGAAAUCAUUGAACUUCCGGAAGAUUUUGAUGAACAUCUUUAUUGCAGAGUGGCAUUACCUUUUCCAUUUGUCCGUCUGGAGAAGUCACAAUUUCUGGGCAUUUGCCCGCAACCAAAUUGCCAAAAAGCACUCUAUAAGUAUAACAUCGCUUUUCAUCUGACACUGCAACACAAGGCUUGGCUAGUGAAGUACUUGCCAUUGAAUAAGGCAUUCAGUUUUGAAUUGGAUUUGAAGGUAACCGGAUGGAAUGCCAAAUGCCAUGCUGUGAUACAAUUGCAAGAUUUGCUUUCCCAAUAUUCCAAGCAUCAAGUUGAUCUGUCCCUCACCAUAAUGAGUAGACAAUGGCAACUGAGUGAAAUUCUGGGUGCAUCAUGCCAAUCGAAUCAGCGACUAACAUUCAUUUGGGCAGCCACCACAAUCGCCGAUUGUUUUCCCCUGAAAGUAAACCUGACUUUGUGGCCAAAGGCUAGCAAUUCGCCUGGUGGUAGUACGAUAUCCUAUACCGGAAGUCCCUACGAUAUUAAGAAGUCCACUCGACCCCAUGAUUUGAUCAAAAGUGGUAGGGUCAUUAUGCUAACCGCGAAUCAAGUGGAUGCAUUCACUCAAAGGGGCACGCAGAAUGUGCGCAUUCAGUUUGUGGCCAUGAUGGGAGCGGAAAAAAGGGAAAUAUAUAGAGAAUCGGAAAUAUAAGCUAACAAAAUGGGAAAAAUGGGAGAUCAAGAAAGCGUAAAUCAAAACCCAGCAUAAACAAAGGAAAGUGAGAAAACAGCACUGGAUGAUGUGGCCAGGACGAAGCAGGAGGGAGAAUAGAUCUAAGGAAAGCGACACUCAAUUUGCAAAAUGCAAUAAAUUGAAUGAAAAGUGUGAAAAUGAAGAGGAGUCAUCAGCAUCGGCGACAACACUAACGACCAAACAGAGACAGAGACAGAGACAGAGACAGUGGAGCGAGCGAGAUGGAUGGAGAUAGAGCAUGACGCUAAGAAAGCCAGAAAAUGUAAAUGAAAAUUCAAGAAAAUUUAAUAAUAAAAACAUCAGCAUAAAGUGAAACGCAUAAAAUCCAAUGAAAUGUAAAAGGCGCUCGCUGGACCUUCUUCCUGUUGUGUUCUUGCCUGCUUGCCGUCUCUUUCUCUGCCCGAUCACCCGUCUCUUUCCAGUGACAGUGGCGCAAGCCGUGGCCAAAAAGUAUAUUUUUAAAAUGAGCUACAAAAAAAUGUUGAAAGGUACCUAUACCAUAUGGAAUAUAGUUUGACUAAAAUAAAAUAUAAAAA